AUGAAAACGACUAAGCCUUUAAAUGAUUUGAUUAAGUUAAGUUACAGGCGUUUGUUGCCUAGGAAUCUCACUUAUAAAUCACAUUCUAUUAGUACAUCCAACCAUAUCAACAUUAGCCAAUAUGCCACCUGCAACUUUAACAUUCCUUCAGGAAUAAAUCGAAUACGGCACGCGUCAACGUCUUCCGUUGAAAAUACUGACUCUGGCCAAUCGGUUCGCAUUGAUUCUGAUCCUACUGAAGACUGUCAGAGGCCUGAGAAUCUUCUAUGCACAGAGGAGUUUCUCAAGCUCCUGAAGUGGACUUGGGACAAGAAUAGUAACCUUAUGCGGUUGAUACAGAAGUGUAAGGAUGAGUUGACAGGAUUGGCGAUUUCGUCGUAUCCCUUUAAAAGGCACGAGGUUCGUGUUUUGGUUGAGCUGCUUUCAGGAGUGCUUUCCCUCCAAGGCAAUAAAACCGACAUUGACUUGCUGUGCAAGCUGCUGGACUCCCAGAAGAUUAACAAUAAGUUAACCUUUGGACUUGAUUUUUGUAAACUAUUUUCCUCAUCGUACGAAAGCAUUUCCAAAGUGCACUCUCCCAUGUUCACGAGACUUAUGAACAAGGCAAUGAUGGUGGUAGCAAGGUACUUUGUCCCAAACGUAAUGGACUCAACUAACGAGAAAAAUUUAAACGGGGUUAAAUUCGCAUUCAAUUCAGUCUCGGAGUCCAUAAACAAUCAGGAUUUUGGCCUAUUGGAACAGUGCUGUAACGAGAAGCUGUUUAAGUAUAUAAAAAAUGGGAUCGACUUUCUUAAUUCGCUACAUUUGAAGAUUAAUUUAAACAUAAAGUCGAUUGACGACCUAGUUAUGGAUAAGUUCUACUUGACUAUUGGAGGGAGCCGUGAUGACGUUUUCAGCGACAUGUUACUGAACAGGGCUUCCGGCAUCAACCCCGUGAUAAUCACUAAGUCAGGUCCCCCGAAAACUCCCGAGGAGUACCGAACUAUGAUAAUGAAGUGCUUCGAAAAGGGCGCCGUCAUGAGAAUGGAAGUCCUCCUAAACACCACCCAGUCGCUCACCCUCACGGACGAGGGCGGCGAGGUCGUGUGGUCCGACUUUAAGCCACUGUGCACGCAUCGCCUCUGCUUCGAGUCUGAAUUUAAGCUGAGUUCAGAGCUGAGGCCCGGUAAAAAGGUUGAUUUUGAGACUGGCGACUGGGUCCUCGUCGACAUAAACGGCGUUUUAAACAACAACAAUCCACUUUAA